AUGCCUGGUCUGACAAGCUUUCCUCCAUUUCCAGAGGACGUGCCUACUCAUCCUCUACUCGUGGUCGACUAUCAACUCAUAAGAGCCGGAGAUGGACAGGAGACAGAGAAGCUCUGGAAAGCGGCGACGGAGCUCGGCUUUUGGUACUUGAAGAACCAUGGUGUGGACGAGGAGGUAGAUGGCAUGUUCGAGAUGGGCCGAGAGACGAUAGCUCUCCCUCUCGAGGAGAAGCUCAAGUUCGAGCAAGGUGAUCAGGGGGUCUCCUUCGGCUACAAAGCCGCUGGCGUUCAGUUCAUGGACGAACGCGGAACACGCGAUGUGACUGAGUUUGUGAACAUUGCCAAGGACGAUGCCCUCUCUUGGCCCACACCUGCUCGACGCACUUAUCCUUCCACUGUUAACGCGCGGAUGGAGUCGACAAUCAAGCAAUUCGUCGAGAAAUCGCUCGCAAUCAACAAUGCACUUAUCGACAUCCUCAACGAUAAGCUCGGGUUGCCGAAAGGAGCUCUCGCGGAGUCCCAUAAGCCCGACACUUUCAGCGGGUGUACGGCGAGGGUCAUCCGUGCUCCCCCUCAUGUCGGUCCGGAGGAGAAGCUAUUCUUGACCGCACACACGGACUUUGGAUCUUUAUCAUUCCUUCACAACCGUCUUGGUGGCUUGCAGGUCCUCCCACCUGGCUCCGACAAAUGGCUCUACGUUAAGCCUCUGCCUGGACACGCGAUCUGCAACAUCGGCGACACGCUCAAUAUUUUCAGCGGUGGCAUCCUCCGCUCCAACAUCCAUCGCGUCAUACCACCUCCGAAGGAUCAAGCGCAGUAUGAGCGCUGGUCAGUGGUCUUCUUCACUCGCCCCAACGAUACAGCCAUGCUCCGGCAUUUGUCCGCGCAAAGCGCAGUGAUUUCGGACGCGGUCGCGCGUGCCCCAGCUGGAAAGUACGAGCCAGGUGUCACGGCCGAGGAGUGGCUUAUGCGGAGGAUCCGCUCGCAGAGGGCCACGCAAUACAAAGGCCCCGAAAGCUGGAACGAUAGACGAGGAACUGAGGAUACCCCCAUUCCGGAACGGGGUUAUAUCUGA